CACAUGCCAAGGCGUCUGCUUUAAAACAUUAGCGCAAGUUGAAUUAUUUCGAUUUUUUUGUCAACAGUUGAACAAUAAAAUGUCGACUGCCCAAGCAACCAAAAACUGUAUUACUCUAAAGGGUUCAGCGCAAAUUAUCGUCGAGUAUUUAAACUAUGGAAUAAACUCGAUACUGUUCCAACGCGGCAUUUAUCCCGCGGAGAACUUUGACAACACACAGCAAUACGGUCUAACAAUUCUAAUGUCGAAGGACCCGAAAAUCAAGGAGUUCUUGCAAAACGUUUUGAAACAAACAGAAGAAUGGCUAGCCAAAAAUAUGAUCAACAAAAUUUCGUGCGUCAUAACCAAUGCGCAUACCAAAGAAGUGCUUGAAUGCUGGGACUUUAAAAUGCAGGCGGAGAUGGGCGACGGCGAAACAAACGACCCCACCAAGCUGACCUCUUCCAAGGACCUCACGCGCAUACAGAAUGAAAUACGCGAUGUAAUGCGACAAAUUUCAGCUACAGUCAGCUACUUGCCAUUGCUAGAUUGUAUCUGUACCUUCGAUGUGAUGAUACACACCCUGCAGUCUACCGAAAUACCCACAGAGUGGAACGAAACUGGUGCCGUUUUUAUACCAAACGCCCAGGCUGUUCAGCUGCGCUCCUUUUCAACUGGUUUGCAUAAGUUAGAUACGGUGGUCAACUAUAAAAUGAGCUCUUAAUGGUCUUCGGGAUUUCUCUUUUUUAAUAUUUAUAUAUUCGUAUUUACAAUAGAUUUAACAAAAAUUAAUUUGAGCUUCAGUAAAAAGCCAAUUUUAUAAAAACCUAA